GAGAGAGAGAGAGAGAGAGAGAGAGAGAAUAACGGGUUCUGUGGGUGUGGGAGGAGAGGACAUGAAUCGGUUCAGGAACUCCGGAUUAGGGAUUCAAACCGGAGCUGUAUUUUUGUGUAAGGUCGAGGUAAUGCUGAUGUAGACGAGUGAAGAAGAUCUAUUAGAACCAUAAUCCAUUAGCGCACACGCGGGCCGGGAGUGUGAUGGCGAACGUGUGUCCAUACGGGCGUUUCACCCACGCUGUGGUACGUGGUAUCCCUCAGUCCCCUGGGGUGGGCGGGGUGGAGGUGGAGGUGGCGAAGCUGCAGCGCCAGUACGGUGUGUUAUUGGGGAUUCUUAGGCAGAAGCUGGGACUGCAGGUGCUGGAGAUUCCCUCUGAUACACACACUAACACCAACCUUCCUGAGAGCUGGAGGAUAGAAGACAUGGCCAUCAUACAGGGAGACACCGCACUCCUCACACAGCCUCUCAACCAGGAGAGACGUCAGGAGACGGAGGCUGUAAGGCGUGUCCUCACUGAGCUGAACCUGACCAUGGUGGACAUGGAGGAUGAAGGAGCCACGCUGGAGGGCAGUGAUGUUCUCUUCACCGGGAGAGAGUUCUUCGUCGGUUUGUCCAAACACACCAACCAGCGUGGAGCUGAGAUCCUCGCUAACACUUUUCGGGACUUUGCUGUGUCCACAGUGCCUGUAUCUGCUGGCACUCGUCUGAAGAACAUCUGCUCAAUGGGAGGUCCUGACACCAUCAUCUUCAGCAACAGUGAGAGUGCAAGGAGGACUCUAAAAGUGAUGGAGCAGUUGACUGAUCAUCACUAUAACGUGUUGUCUGUACCGGAGGACGCUGCUGCUAACUGCGUGUACGUACGCGGUGCAGGUGAACUGGAUUAUCUGCUGCACCCCACGCAGGACGAGUGUCCAAACAGUGUCUCUGCCUUCCAGAAAUUUACAAGCUACACCCUGCUCCCUACAUCAUGCAGUGAGGCGUCCAAACUCGGGGGAGCGCUCACCUCAUUCUGCCUUCUCAUCAACAGGAAGCUCCCUUAUUAACACACACAUCUCUCUAUGCUCACAGCAUCUGCACAUACACACACACACACACACACACACACACUUGCACACUAAGAAAACAUGCAUUGACUUCAUGUCCCCCAUGUUACUGUAUUUACCUCAAAAUAAAAUGAAUCUUUUCAAUUACA